UAUUUGAAGCACAAGAUACCCAAAAAGGCAGAGAGAGAGAGAGAAAGAAUGCAUUCAGUAAAAGAGAAGGUGAGCAAUGCAGCCAGUGCUGCAAAGGCGCAUGUUGAAUCCUACAAAGCCAAUGUCGAAGAAAAGGCCGAAAAAGCAACUGCAAGAACGCAUGAGGAGAAGGAGAUAGCGCACCAGCGAAGAAAAGCCAAGGAAGCCGAGGGGAACAUGAACCUCCAUGAUGAAAAAGCCCAACACGCCGCCGAGAAGCUACAUGGUAAACACCACGUUUUAGGCCACCACCAGCAACCGUUCGGUGCCAUGGACCCGAUUACCGGAACCACGGCACCGACCUUUCCUUUGGGAGGACAUCUUCAUGGACAUAAACACCACUAGUUUCCUUCCCUUUUGUUGUUUUCAUGUGUUCUUGUUGUAAUUUUUAUGCUACAUUUUCUAUUAUCUAGAUUAUUAAUAUACUACAAAAGCAAAACAAAUAAAUA